AGGCUGCUGGCUGCUGGCUGCGGCCAUGACCCGGCCAGUGCAGCUGGCGCCCGGCUCGCUGGCGCUAGUGCUCGGCAGGCUGGAGGCGCGGGAGGCGGCCAGCGCAGCAGAGAAGCCCGGCGGGCGCUCGGUGUUUCGCGCCUUCCGUCGCGCCAACGCGCGCUGCUCUUGGGACGCGGAGCUGGCGCGCGCCGCCUCGCGGCUGGCCUUCCAGGGCUGGCUGCGCCGCGCGGUGCUGCUGGUGCGCGGACCGCCCGCCUGCCUGCAGGUGCUGCGCGACGCCUGGUGCCGCCGAGCGCUGCGCCCGCCGCGAGGCUUCCGCAUCAGGGCGGUGGGUGAUGUCUUUCCUGUGCAAAUGAAUCCAAUAGCUCAGUCUCAGUUUGUACCCUUGGCUGAAGUUCUUUGCUGUGCUGUGUCUGAUAUGAACAUAGCUCAGACUGCAGUAACACAAGAAUCACUUCUGGAGUACUUGAAGAAACAUUACCCAGGCAUUGCACUUCCUUCUCACGAUAUUCUCUAUACCACUCUGGGAACUCUGAUUAAAGAAAGGAAGAUUUAUCACACUGGAGAAGGAUACUUUAUAGUUACACCUCAGACUUACUUCAUCACAAAUACAACUGCCCAGGAAAAGAAGAGAGUCCUUCUGUCAGAUGGAAGUCCCCCGGGGGCCACAUCUGUGACCUAUCUUGUGAGCAUGGAGAGCUGUACAGAGCCGGCCAAAGAAAGCUCUGUCCCCAUUUCCCAUUGUCAGUCUUGCCGCUGUUUCCCUGGCGUGUGCCUUCAGGAUGUGGAGGAGCCACCAUCUGCUGCAGAAAUGACUAGCCAAGUCCAGGAAGGGCCUGAGGAGCCCACACCUCUGGUUCAGAGUCUGGCAGUUUCAGCAUCUGAGGAGAAUCACUUCUGUGAGAGUCCCAAAGCUUUACCAUACACAAAAGACAAAGAAAAAGGCAAAAAGUUUGGUUUUAGCCUCCUGUGGCGCAGCAUUUCUAGAAAGGAGAAGCUAAGAACAGAGCAUAGCAGUUUCUCUGCCCAGUUUCCACCUGAAGAAUGGCCUGUCCGAGAUGAAGAUAACUUAAACAAUAUCCCCCGAGACGUUGAGCAUGAGAUCAUCAAAAGAAUUAACCCUACUCUGACUGUUGACAAUCUAAUCAAACAUACUGUCCUCAUGCAAAAACAUGCAGAACAGAAGAAAUAUCAUAGUCAGGGCACAUCCACUGAUACACUGACAGUCAGGCCUAAGAAUCCGUUCAAAGAGGGAGUUAAGAAAAGGCAAAGUAGGUCAGCUAAGUCUUGCAGGUUGAGCCUUUCUCACAGGGAAAGACUCAAACCCCGGAGUCAGGGAAGUGACUUUCAGCCAGGAAGCCUUAUGCCAGAGAAGCCCCCCUCACUCUCUGCUACCCAGCUCACCCUUCAAGUUAGGAGUGGCAAUGAAACAGAAAUUCAUACAGGGCUUCAUGAGAAUCCAAGAGUUCUAGGCUCACAACUGAUUUACAAGAAGCGAAUCAGUAAUCCUUUCCAGGGCUUGUCUCUCCGAGGGGGCCCAGUAACCAAAGGGCACAGCACUCAGAAGAGAAGCCAUAUGACACCCAAUCAGACUGCACCAAAGAAAAAGCCUUUCCAAAGGUCAAGGUCUUCAGAGUCCCUAAGACUUUUCAAUAGUGAAGCCCAACAGCCAUAUGCUGAGCAAUGUCACAAGCUGAAAACAGAACCCAUUUAUAUGACCAAUUCUACUAUCCAGCCUGUCAGGGAUGACUUCACAGGUGGCCCUUUAGGUUACCCUCAAGGUAAUGAUUUGCAAAGUAACAGUCAAUGCUUUUCCUUUAGGGGAAGCAUGUUGAGAUGUGAUGGGUAUGGUGCUGAAAACAAGGUAAUCCAUGAAGUCACAAAUAAAAGUCCCCCUCACUUUGACAAACUAGAGGAGGCCAAAGAAACACAGCAAAUGCUGCCAUUGCACAGUUGCUCCUCUUUGGAGCCAUCCUCUGCUUGUAGAUUAGUUGAUAAAACAACAUACCAGUUUGAAAACCUUGGUCUGUUAGAUCAUCCUGUUGGUGUGGACCAUUUGAGACAAUCUGAAAGGCAAGACAGAAAUUCAAAAGAAUUAAUGAGAAAGACAUUUGUCCAGGAGACAGAGACUGUACAUCUGGAAAAUGAAGGGCUUUCAGAUGAUGACCAGGUUUUGUAUCCAGAGGAAGAGGUGGAUGGUGACGGGGCCAGCAGUUCAUUGUAUUUAGAAGAAGAUGACUUUUCUGAAAAUGAUGACCAUCUAAUGUGGCCUAGCCAUAGUCAGAAUUCCUUUGCAGGUGGAAGCAAUUGUAAUCACUCAGGAAAACCAAAAGUGAUGGAAGAAUUUCAGACUGAGUGUAGCAGCAAAAUGGACUGGUUUUUGCCACCAGUGCUUAAAAAAAAUCAACAUUACAGGCCCAGAAUGCUGCUUACAAACCCAGAUGAAAGCCAAGUACCUAAGCUCUCUGCUGAAAGCUGUGGCCUAAAUUCAGGGGUCCAGUUUUGUUAUAACUAUGAAGAACCAAGUGUUGCUACAUGUGCCCAGGCUUUAGCAUCUGCUGAUGGAAGUCUAUUUGAUUACUGUAGUACAAGAAAACCCAAUCCUGAGGCUGAAGUUUCUCAACCUUCUGUUGGUAACACAGGAAAGAAACCAAAUAGCUGGAAUCAGAGUCCUCAAAAUCAGGAAAUAAAACAUUUCACACAAAAAUUAGAACCUUUAAGGACUUCACAUAUGCCAGGGUUGGCUCAGGAUAUCCAGCAUGAACACAGACACUUGGAAGGAACAGAAAAUUAUAGCAUGGCAGGAGACAGUGGGAUAGAUUCUCCACGGACACAAAGCCUCGCAUCUAAUAAUUCAGUCAUUUUGGAUGGACUCAAAAGAAGACAAAAUUUUCUGCAGAACUUUGAAGGCACAAAGAGCAAUCAGGCAUUCACAUCCAGUUCCUUACUACAAUUAACUCCAGUCAUAAAUGUUUAGUUUUCUUUUGGAAAGUCUUUUUAAAAAAUGUAUAGUGGAUUCUUUCAAGCACAUAUGUUAAGAGUCCUCUAAAUCCAAGCAUGUAUUCUAUUAACAUCAUUACAUAUUUUGUUAUAAUCACUGGCUUUUUCUCUUGGUAUUUUAAAGCAGUUUUUAGUAUAUUUCACAAAGAAUUUGCAGGAAAUAUAUAGAUUUUCAUUUUAAAAAAACAUGACAUCUUUGUUCCUUUUCCAGUUAAAUGUCCACCAAUUUCCAUUAGUUAGUUCCUCCAGUACACAGAAUCCUAAUUCACUAGCCUGUAGUGAAUUUCUUUACCUAUACUGAGUUCUGAUGGUAAGUGAAUCUUACUAGGUUUCAACAUAAAGUCCAGAAAAG